CCGUGUCUCCGCCCUCUAAGCCACUCACUCACUUCCUGAUUGAAUCAGAAUGCGCUGGUAGGUCUGUGCAAACAAUAAAUGAAAGCCCGUUUAUUUUAGACGCAGUAAGCGUUAAACAUGGCGUGUCCUUUUGACGAGGAUCCAAUAGAUGAAGGAGCGGCAUUAAUCCGCAGAGAACUCAUCUGUCGUCGGCAGAGGAUUCUCAGACCGCGCAUAGACGUCCUCUCCCAUUCAGACAGUUUCCUUUAUGAGCGCUACCGUUUCACCUCACAAUCAAUCACAUACAUCCACGACCUGGUUCGUCCACACAUUAGCAACAUUACGCGCCGGAGUCUCGCUCUCACGUCCCAGCAGCUUCUGUGCGUGGCGUUGCGUUUCCUGGCCAACGGCUCGUUCCUGUACAACGUGGGAGAAGCUGAGCACAUCAGCAGGGCGACGGUGUCCAGAGCGGUGCGCAGGGUAUGCCUGGCCCUCAAACGACUGUUACCCAACUUUGUUCACUUCCCUGGGAAUAAACCCAUCGAAUCCAUCAAGGAGGAGUUCCACAGGAUUGCAGGAUUUCCAAACGUUAUUGGAUGCAUAGAUGGAACCCAGAUUCCAAUCAAAGCUCCCUCACAUAAUGAAGCUGAUUAUGUGAAUAGGCACUCUAUUCACAGCAUCAAUGUGCAGAUAAUCUGUGAUGCUGGGUGUUUAAUCUCGAACGUUGAGGCAAAGUGGCCUGGGUCGGUCCAUGAUUCAAAAAUAUUUCAGGAAUCUAACCUCCGCAACAGACUACAAGGUGGAGAGUUUGAUGGCUAUUUGCUGGGAGACAGGGGUUACCCUUGCCAGCCAUGGCUGCUGACCCCUUACCCUGACCCAGAACCAGGUCCCCAACAGAACUUCAACCGGGCUCACUGCAAAACCAGAGCCCGGGUGGAUAAAACCAUAGGCCUGUUGAAGGCCCGUUUCCAGUGCCUACAUUACCUCAGGGUGACCCCUGAGAGGGCCAGGGAUAUAAUUGCAGCUUGUGUUGUUCUUCACAAUAUUGCCAUUAUUAGAGGGGAACAACACCCUGCCCUACACAUGGAAGACUUUGAUGACGAACCCCUGCAUCUACCAGCCAACCAGGAUGGGAGGGAAGUGAGAGACGCCGUAUGCAAGGAUCACUUCUCAGUAUAAUUCACUGUCAUCCCCCCUGCUUAAAUAAAAAGAACCAUGACAUACA